UCCUCCUCUCUGUUUAAAUCAGGAGAGAGAUACCUCAAAAGCAAAAAACCCUUCAAUCAAAAACAAACAACCUAACCACAUGGCUGCGCGUACACUCCACGCGCUAUCCACCUCCCCCUUGUUUCUCCCUCUUCUUCUUCUUCUUCUCUCCGCCGCGUCUUCCCCGACCAAGGCUCAGCAACCGUACGUCAACAACCACCAGCUAGACUGCGAGAACCGAAACUUCGACAACAUAACCAACGGCUUCACCUGCAACGGCCCACCCUCGUGCCGCUCCUACCUCACUUUCUGGUCUCAACCACCGUACAACACCCCCAGCUCCAUCGCCGGACUCCUCAACGCCUCCGCCGCCGAGAUCCGGACCAUCAACAACCUCACCUCCCUAACCACCACCAUCCCCACCCGUGAUCUCGUCGUCGUCCCCGUCACCUGCUCCUGCUCCGGCAACGGUGGCCUCUACCAGCACAACGCCACCUACAGACUCUCCGGCCGAACCGUUGAAACUUACUUCUCCGUGGCCAACGACACCUACCAAGCUCUCUCCACGUGUCAAGCCAUGAUGUCCCAGAACCCUUACGGCGAGAGGAACCUGACCGCCGGGUUAGACCUCCUCGUCCCUCUCCGCUGCGCCUGCCCCACGCAGAACCAAACCGCCGCGGGGUUCAGAUACCUCCUGACUUACUUAGUCAAGCAGGGAGACAGCGUCUCCGCCAUCGCCGAGAUGUUCAGAAGCUCGACGGCCGCCGUGAGCUCCGGCAACGAGCUCGCGUCGGACGACUACAUCUUCUUCUUCACUCCGCUUCUCGUUCCUCUCAGGACGGAACCUACGAGAAUCGUGGUAUCUCCGUCGCCUACGCCGCCGGUUGCUACUCCGCCGCAGUCUCCUCCGGUGAGUCCUCCGGGGUCGUCCUCUUCUUCUCGCAAAUGGAUUUACAUCGGAGUUGGAAUCGGAGCCGGUUUGCUUCUCUUGAUCUUAAUCUUAUCUCUUUACUUCUGUCUCUACAAACGAAGAUCCAAAACGGCGUCGUCUACUGAACAGAACAAGUUCACCGAUUCAUCGACCAAACAGUCUCUUCCGACAACGUCAACAACAAACCAAUGGUCAAUCGAUCUAUCGAAAUCUUCAGACACAACAUCUGGUCUCAGAUCAGCUAUAGAGUCUUUAACUCUCUACAGGUUCCACGAGCUUCAAUCCGCGACUUCCAACUUCAGCGACGAGAACAAGAUCAAAGGCUCGGUGUAUCGCGCGACGAUCAACGGAGACGACGCGGCGGUGAAGGUGAUCAAAGGAGACGUCUCUUCCUCCGAGAUCAGUCUCUUGAAGAAGCUUAACCACUCCAACAUCAUCCGUCUAUCUGGCUUCUGCAUCCGCGAAGGAACCUCGUACCUCGUCUACGAGUACACCGAGAACGGUUCGGUUAGCGAUUGGCUUCAUCACUCGUCGAACAAGAAGAAGACUCUUACGUGGAGACAGAGAGUUGAGAUAUGUCGGGACGUAGCUGAGGCGUUGGACUACUUGCACAACUACGUGACGCCGCCUCAUAUUCACAAGAACUUGGAAUCAACCAACGUGCUUCUCGAUGCUAACUUCAGAGCCAAGGUUUCGAAUUUCGGUGUGGCUAGGAUUCUCGAUGAAGGUGACGUUGAUCUUCAGUUGACAAGACAUGUUGAAGGAGCGCAAGGCUACUUAGCUCCGGAGUACGUCGAGAACGGAGUCAUAACUCCGAAGCUAGACGUGUUUGCUUUUGGAGUCGUGGUUCUUGAGCUUCUUUCGGGGAAAGAAGCGGUGACGGUGGAUAAGGAGAAGAAGGAAGAGAUGUUGUUGUGUAGAGAGAUAAACAAUGUGCUUGGAGGAGAGAAUGUGAGAGAGAAGCUGAAGGAGUUUAUGGAUUCGUCUCUAGGGGAUGAUGAGUAUCCUUUGGAGCUGGCUUUCACCAUGGCUCAGCUUGCUAAGAGCUGUGUCGCACCUGAUAUUAACUCGCGACCGUCUAUUGCUCAGGUUCUAACCACGCUCUUGAUGAUCGUCUCGUCCUCCAUUGAUUGGGAGCCUUCACAUGACCUUCUUCAUGAUUCGGGAUCUCUUGGCAACUAGUCCCACUAGUUAUUCUAUUUUCUCUUCUCUUUUUGUUUGUCAAUAAUUGAGUAUUUAGAUUUUAGAUUUUGUGUAAUAUAUAAGAUAACGACGGACCAUAUGGCUAUUAAAUCUACGGUAACAGAACAAAAUAAGCACCACAGUGUACAACAAAAUGUCGUAGAUUCAUGAUAAUUUAAUUAUAUUGA